GUUUUGAGACGCUCGGCUAUAUAAGUCAGGUGUACAGUCAGUCACAAUCAGAAACAAGUGGCAUUGUGGUGGCAGAACUUUGGCAUUGUCCAGUCUUCGAAUUCUGAAGCAUCAUCAUGAACUGGUUUUUGCAAUUCUGCCUUCUUGGUGCAAUUUUGGAAGUGAGGAGUUUUCCUUCACUGACUGUCAGUGAGAAUGUAGAAGAAAAUCCCUGCAUUGUAGCAUCUCCUGAAGGUUGGAACGAACUGGAGCAAUGUGACCCAACACUGUGUGGGAAUGGCACAAAUGGACUACAGUGUGGAGGUCCUGAGCGUGGUGUUUGCGGUUGUGGCAGUUGUAUCUGUAACAAUGGCUGGAUGGGACCAACCUGUGACUGUAGUGAGACUGACAUUGACUGUUGGCUGGAGCCACCACCAGACCCCGUUGGACUGGCGUCAAACAUUACAGAUGAUUUUGACGUUUCAACAAACGCUACCAACAUCACCUCACCUGCUCCCUAUCACCUGCUGGUACAGCUGGAACAUGACCUGGACCUUGAGCCCCAGGGCCGUGUGCGGGGCCGCGGGCGUGCCUGGAGCUCCUGGAACUGUGACAGAGUCUCCGCAGUACCAGCCUCUAUCCGCAGCUCCAUGAGGCUCAGCUACUUCUACCAGAAAUAUCUUCAUGCGUACGGUAUCCCUGUCCUGAGUUCCAACCGUGUGCCUGACGCUGCCCUCCGUCGUGCCUGUUACGUGGUGCGAUUCCUGUUCGCAGACCGUCGGGAUGUCAGAGACAACUUCUUUGACCGUUAUGGCAGACAUGCUCUCAUGUCUGUGUCAGAGCAAACAACUCAUAUUCCCGAACACUCGUGGCUUGGAGCGAGCUGGAACUCACGGGCGCGUGGGUUGGGAGCGACAGAGACGCAUCCCGUGUCUACCGGGGGUGAGGAAAAUGUGGGCUGCUAUGGGCGCGGGCGGGACAGGUAUCAUGAAGAGGACAUCUUCCUACACGAGUCAGCACACGGCCUCCAUGGGCUGGGUGCCAGAUACGCCAUCCCCGGGUGGCAGGCUAGGCUGAGGGCUGCGUAUAACAGUGCUCGAGCACGGGGGCUCUGGUACAACACAUACGCACAAACUACCAUCCAAGAAUACUUCGCUGAAGGGGUACAGAGUUUUUUCAAUGUGGAGUCAUACCGUAACCCUCCUGAUGGGAUCCACAACCACGUCAACACGAGGGACAAGUUGUACCGGUACGACCCCACGCUGUACGGACUCAUCACGGAGGUCUUCCCCUGCAGGAACACUAUUGUCGACCGCUGUUCUAACCAAGGUCUGAUCAGAACUGCGCCUCUGAAAAUGAACUGUAACAGUGACGGCAGCGGAGGCACCAACGUAGGGGGGACCAGUGGAGGGGGGGACGGGGGAGAGGGGGAGGACGAGGAUAGUGAGGAGGACAACGGCAACAACGGAAACUGUCAGGACCAGAACGGCCACUGUGCUGACUGGGCCAGACGGGGAUACUGUACAGGGAGUUAUGCCAGUUACAUGAGGAGUAACUGUCGACAGAGCUGUGAACUGUGCACAACCGGGACUGGGACAUCUGAGGAGGAUGGGGAGGAAGAGGAGGAGGAAGAGGCAGAGGAAGAGGAGGAGGAAGGCUCCAACUGUGAGGACAACAACCGUAACUGUGCCAGUUGGGCCCGGCGUGGCGAGUGCCGCAGCAACCCUACCUGGAUGAGGCAAAACUGCAGGAGGAGCUGCAAUGUGUGCGGUGGGACAACAGGAUCAGGAUGUGCCGACAACCACCGCCACUGCAGGUACUGGUCCCAGAAUGGCUACUGCACGUCCAGCUCUGCCUACAUGAACACCAACUGUCCCAAGAGCUGUGGAAGGUGUUAGAUAGCUUCCACCAGGCCUCCCUAAGGUAGCCUCUACCAGGCUUCAAAGGUGGCGGGAAAGAGUAGAAAGUAGACAGAUAACAUGCCUGGGGAGUUGGUCAGCUAAGGGAGUACAGUUUUUCAGGAGCGGCAAACUCUCCCCCUAUUACUGCUAGGUACAGCUGCUUCUGAAGCCUGGUAGAGGCUAUCCCAAGGGGUUAUGGAUAGUAGACUUUGGCAAAGAUAGGGUCAAUAAUUGGCCAGGAGAGUGAGUCAGUGGGAAGGAAUUUUCAUGUAGCGAGGGCAAAUGAAAGCUAUGGUGGCCAAACUCCCUUGGCAACUUAUUUUGGCCAAGUCUUACAAUUUUUCAGUCAGGAUUUUUAGUCUGGGGGAGACAAAGGGUUAAAAGCAUGUCGGCAGAACAUAAUGUGCCUGCAUAAAACUUGGCUUUUUUGCAGUUUUACUAGAAUGUUUGGUCAAUCUUGCAUCAGAAUUGUGCUCGUUGCAGAUGACAUCUUUUCUGACAUAAGAUUUAUGAACUGUAGAUGGGAUGUCAUCCUUCAAUACGCAAAUACGACAUUAAACAGAGACAUUCUGCUGUGCACAAUAUAUUACAGGUUUUGAGAAGGCACAGUAUGUUCUACCAACAUACAAACUUUGAUGAUGUCUGCAAUGGAAUGAGAUGCUUGCUUUCCCAUUAUUGGCAUUUUAUAGUCUUUUUUUUAGUUAUGUUGAAAGAAAAUGUGGUAAAUGUGGUUAAUUCUUUAAAUGCCCUUACGGUAACUGAAGUAUUUAAUCAGCAGAUAAGGCAGCUUUGCCACAGUGGCCAAGUUUUAAGAGAUGUUUAUAAAGAGAGCAUUGAAAUUCUGUCAUUGAUUUUUGUCACUCUAAUGUUAACAUUGUCUUUUCUGAACUCAAAAUGUAUAUGGUUCCAUCGUUAAGUGUUCAUUUUCUAUUCCUGCUUAAGACAAAUUCUGUGUCUUCUCAUCCAUACAUGGCAUUAAGAUGCAUGCCCAUCAAACAUGUACAAUGUAUGCAAUGAUUGCAUUUAACUAUAUAAUAUUUCAGUGCCUACAUUGUAACUCUGAGUAACUCAUUUGUAUGGACUGUAUAUGGACAUGCUUUGCCCUCCUUUUCAC